CUUUUAACUUAUUUGACCAUGUCCAGCUGCAGAGGCUCCACAAUGCACACCUCUAUAAUAGCUGAAAGAACUCACAGCUCGAGGAGGUACGGAACGAGCCUGCACGUGCCGUGAUAGCUGUCUGGUGUUUUUUCCUUCGCUGCGACUGUCUCUACCUACGACUCACAAACGAUCACAACUCCAAAGACAAUAAGUCCUGAGCUACCCCUUUUUACCAACAAGUCUCAAGAGUUGGGUAUCUAGACCCUGUUGAACACUGUAUAAUCCUAUACUCCUAAGCAGGCACAAUGACGCUCAAAGACCUUCUCAAAAAGAAAGACAAGAUCAAAAACGAUGGUUCCGCAUCCUCGCAGCUCUCCCCCUCUUCCUCAGUCCCCGAAUUCACCUUCCUCCGCACAACCACGACCACGCAGUCGAUUAUUGAGCCCCCCCGCUUUCCCGGCGAUCCUCAACCGCAGCGUAAAUCGGGGCAGCUACUGUCGCCUACGGAUGGCGUGUUCGGGAGGCUGAGGAGACAAAGCAAUGCCGGCAGUCAGGGUAGAGGAAUCGCAACAGGAGGAGAUGCAAAAGGAAAGCACCCACACUCGGACGACGAAAGGGGAUCCGAACAACACAAGUUCCACGAGCGGCUACAUCUCGGGCGACGAAGAGCAGUUAGUUCGACGAAUAUACCUGACAUGUUGCCGGAUGUGGGGGAUGCGGUUGUUGCGAGGAGUGAGGAAGAGGAGGCGAAAUGGGAGAAGAGGGCGACGGUGUUGGCGAAGAGUAGGAGUGUGAGUGGAAGGCCGACUCCUAGGAUUGAGGUUGAGGAGAAGGGAGGAGGGAGGCAGAGGAGUGUGAGUGUUGCGAAGCCAAGCGAUGAUGCUGAUAUUCAGGAGGCGAUUCGGUUGCAUGAGGCUGGCAACCUUGAAGCGUCAACGAGGAUGUUUGAGAAGUUGGCGGAUCCCAACGGCCAAAACCACGCUCUGAGUCAAGUUCUCUUUGGCCUUGCAUUACGACACGGAUGGGGCUGCGAGCCCGACCCGGAGCGCGCCAUCACAUACCUUUCGUACGCGGCAUCAAACAGCGCUGAAAUCGAGUCCAUGGCGCUGUCCGCGGGUAUGAAGAAGGGCGGUGCGGCCAAGGGCGAGCUUGUGCUUGCGAUGUAUGAGCUGGCGAAUUGCUUCCGGAAUGGUUGGGGCAUCAAAAAGGAUCCCGUGGCUGCAAAGCAAUAUUAUGAAACGGCAGCUAACCUGGGCGAUACCGACGCCAUGAACGAGGUCGCGUGGUGCUAUCUCGAGGGCUUCGGAUGUAAGAAGGACAAAUUCAAGGCGGCGCAGUUUCUGCGGCUGGCCGAACAGAAGGGGAGUAAGACCCUGGGGAAUACGUGGAUCUGGAAGGAGAAGUAUAAUCCUAAAUAGGCUUGGGAUAAUGGACAGGGAUUGCGGGAUUGAGAGAUGUGGGACAGUGGGAGUGCACGCGACGUCUGUCGUGGGGGAGUUCAUGGGAUGGUGAAGGUUUUGGAAUAA